AUGGUCGCUUCCCGCCUUUUGCUAGCGCUGGCCUUGCUUCUCUCGGGCAGCCUGAGGUCGGUUCGGAGUCUCGAGGAGGCGCUCGGCUCCCAAGAACUCUUGGCCGAAGAACCCAAUGGCUACCCGGAGAGGUUAUUAGACUGGAUGCCACAAGAGGGUGAGGACCACACUGGUCAGAGCUUACCUGAUGACCAUCUGCUGGGCGUCCUUCUCCGGACAUUGUUCCAUGCUGUGCAGAGACCUGGUCGCAGUCCUUCCUUCCUAUUCCAGCCACAGAGGUUUGGCCGUGAAGUCAGAUCCAGCAAUUUGAGAAAUGUUGGCCGGAUCAAACCACGGGCUUGGGAUUCUCUGGCCCCUCAAUUUCUGAGUAUGGCUGCCCCACAACGCUUUGGCAAGAAAAAAUGAAGCGGGAAAUAGCAAUCCGGAAAAAAUAAACACCAAAAGUAAUUGCUUCCUGGAUCCUGGCAAACUGGAUGAGAGCCACACCUUAAUUUUCUGCUUCAUUUCUGUGUCUUGUCACUCAGCCUUAGCUGGGUGGCCCAUCCCUGUUAAGGACCUGCAUUUUAUUUGUUGUCAACAAUAAUAAAACAACAUUGUUACAUCUUGGAGGAUACUGCAGUCCUUUUGUCAUGUCGAUGUCUCUGCAAUUGAUUUCUUCAGCUACAACCCUCAUUAGUCUUGGUCUUCAGGAUCAUUGAACAGGGAUGAGGGGAGAUGUACUUCAUUCAAAAUAUCUGCAGUGCUUUCUGUUAGGGAAGGGUAUU